AUGUCGGAUAAAAUGAAGACUUCCACAGAGGUCACAAAAGAGGAAGUAGCUGGUUGGAAACUGCAUGAUUUAGAGAUGGGAGAAACGAUAGGUACUGGCACUUUUGGCCGUGUUCGUCUGUGCAGACAUAAAAUUUCUGGGAGGUAUGUGGCUCUGAAAAUCCUUAAAAAGCAAGAGGUAUUACGCAUGAAGCAGGUGGAUCAUAUAUUGGCGGAAUCGAGCAUUUUACAAGAGGUCAGCCAUCCUUUUAUUGUAAACAUGCUUAAAGGUUUUAUGGACGAUGACCGUUUGUACAUUCUUCUCGAGUAUGUGGUGGGUGGGGAACUCUUCUCACACCUGCGGAAGGCAGGGAAGUUUCCCAAUGAUGUGGCAAAGUUUUACUCUGCAGAGGUGGUCUUGGCAUUUGAAUACCUUCACAGCUGUAAUAUUGUGUACCGCGAUCUGAAGCCAGAGAAUUUGCUUCUGGAUGCCCAAGGGAAUAUAAAAGUCACCGACUUCGGGUUUGCAAAACGCGUCAUCGAGCGUACUUUUACGCUGUGCGGCACACCUGAAUAUCUCGCCCCAGAGGUAAUUCAAAGCAAGGGUCAUGAUAAAGCAGUCGACUGGUGGGCACUUGGUAUUCUUCUUUACGAAAUGCUGGUUGGCUACCCACCAUUUUUUGACGAAAGCCCCUUUAAAAUCUAUGAAAAAAUUUUGGAGGGUAAACUCCAGUUCCCUCGGUGGGUGGAGCUCAGAGCUAGGGACCUAAUUAAGGGCCUGCUUUCACUCGACCCAACCAAACGCCUGGGCUCCUUAAAGCGUGGUUCUCAGGACGUGAAGCGCCAUAAGUUCUACAGUGGUGUCGAUUGGGACGUUGUGCUACAGAAGAAGGUAACCCCUCCUAUUCCUGUGCGUCUAACUAGGGAGGGUGACACACGUUAUUUUGACCGUUACCCAGAGAGCCCUCAUCACCCGCUGCCGCCUCUGACAUCUGUGCAACAAGCAGCCUUUGCAGGUUUUUGUGACGGAGAGUACACCAAAGUGUAG